UCUCAGCCCCUCCUCUCUCUUCCGCUCAGAUGUCCUUGUAGCUAUGGAAACUCAUCAGCGGCAGCAUCCUCCAGAUUGUCCACCCCUUCGACUGGACAGCUAAGCUAAAUUUGCACGUAAAAUAAUCGAGUCAAAAUGGCGAUCUGGCGUCAAACGCUUUUCUUGGUGCUCUUCUCCUGGCUGAGUAACAGUACAGCUUUUGCUGUAAUACUCAGAACAACUGAAAAAUCUGUGUGGGCAAAUGAAUUUGAGUCAAUUGAAUUGACCUGUUUGAUAGAGUCCAUUUCUACAAACAAUCCCAGAAUUGAAUGGAAGAAAAUUAAAAACGGUGUACCCAGCUAUGUGUAUUUCCAAAAUAAAAUUUCAGGUGACUUGGAGCACAGGGCUUUGCUGAGAGAGCCUGCAAACCUUCUGAUCCUUAACACCAGCAGAUCAGAUACAGCACAGUAUCGCUGUGAGGUGGUGGCCAUCGACGACCAGAAGCCCUUUGAUGAAAUACUAAUCAGUCUCGCUGUAAGAGUGAAGCCAGUGAUGCCCAGGUGUAGUGUGCCAGAGGCAGUUACGGUGGGUUCAAGCCCUGAACUGCGCUGUAUUGAGAACGAAGGCUUUCCGCAGUCACAGUACCAGUGGUUCAAAAACAACGAGGAGCUGCCAGAGGACCCAAAAACCAGCAGCAAGUUCUACAAUUCUACAUACACCAUGAACACUGAGACUGGUUCGCUGAAAUUCCGGUCGGUGAAGAAAGAGGAUGCGGGUGAAUAUUAUUGCCAGGCUAGAAAUGAGGCAGGAUGGUCAAAAUGCAGUCCACAGCCCAUGGAAGUGUAUGAUCUGGACAUUGUGGGAAUAUUCCUGAAGGUGUUAGGUGGAGUGGCAGCAUUUAUUUUUGUCAUUGUGGGGAUCUGUCAAAUUCAGAAAAGUGGCUACUGUUCCUGCAAGGAUCACAGGGAAACCAAUUACAAAGUACCCCAACAUGACAAUAGGAUGGACUACACCAGUCCAGAUGAGGGACAUUUUCGCCACAAGUCCUCCUUUGUCAUAUAAAAUCAAAGACGAGGAGACGAGCGCUUCAGCUGUGAAGGCCCUGUGAGCUGACUUUUGAACUGUCAAACCGUGCAUUUUAUGCAGAGGUGCGACUUGAGCUUCAUGGCUUGCCAAAGUUAUUACAAAAUCGAAAACUACUGUGUUAAACAGGGAAUUUUUACUCCCCUUAUUUUGAUUUAAACAGAUAGGAAUCAAACAGUUUUACUUACAACUCCACAGUUUAUAUAUAAAAUUACAUUUUCAACUGGUCAGUGCUCAGAUUUAUAGCUAUUACAUGCAUCUUGUCAAGUAAGCGAAUCAAAAAAGACUUAAAAGUUUGUUGAGUCUUUCCAAACACUUGUGAAUUUCUGAAUGUCAGUGACAGUCUUGAAAUGAGGCUAAUGAAGUUUUUUGUUAUUGUAGCAAGGCCUAAAUUGCAUCCAGGUGCUGCUGUAUUUUUGCCCAGAGUAGUCAACACAUAAUACCAGUGCAAGAUUUACAUGUCUUCAAGGUAAAUAUUAUAUUUCCACUGGAAAUAUAGUGUGUGACUAUGUGAAGAACCCUGUCAGUGUAAAUGUGUACAAUGCCAUGCCGAGACUGUUUUAUCUGGAUCACUUUUGACAAGAGGAUUUUAUGUGUUAGUGUUUUAGUAGUAGUUAUUUAGCUCAUGAACUAUAAAUUUGUAGCAUUUUAGUUUGAGAUUUAAUCAAACAUCUCCAUAAAGUCAGUAGACUUGGUUGUGCAAGAUGAUUCAUUUACUUAGUUUCAUUUUUGAAAUAUUCCUCUAGAUACAGAUUAUGCACUUGUGGUUUUUUCAGAGUGCCAUUUCUGUGUUUAAGUGACCUUCAAUACUUUAUAAUUGUUUUAUACGUUUUGGACACAUUGUCCAGGUUUUUUGACUCAGUGUUAUUGUUUUAAUCUAUUUAUAAUAUCUGCGUACAUUCUAGUUCACUCCAGAGUAGUAGUUAGUUAGACUGUGGGCCGUGUCACAAGAAUAAAAAUGAUUAUGUGGAAGCAAUCAACAUUGUCUAUCCUUUCAUUUUUUUAAAACAUGUAACUAGGCCACGUUCACACAGCAGCAGAACAUGGUUGUCAGUCCUGUAUUUGAGUCCUUAAUACGGUUACGUUCACACACAGUAUGGUUAUUUACAGGAGUGACAACCGCAUUUUAUAACCGAACUCACACCCGUAAAUUUUCAGGACUCACACCCGCAUUCUCUGUAUAUAUAUUCGCGCUGUGUGAACAGAACAGAAAUGGACAACUUGUUGUCUGUCACGUAAUACAGCCGCUCUUCUAAGGUGUUUUGUGUGUAGUUUCGCUUUCGGUAACUUACCGCGAUAGAGAUGUGAGCUGUGUGUCAUCUGAAGGUGUUAGAUCCAGUCAGUGUUCUCCACCGGAGCGGCUCCCGUCAGUUUUGUGUUUCUUUUCCAAAUUAAAUGCCGUGUCAUGCGUGAGACGUCGCAAAGUACGUGACACGCGAGUGCAACGGACUCCGGCUAGCGCGCGUUUACAUACUGCUGUUGGUUAAUGAAGUUUUGAUGGAUGAAUUCGCGGUUCAAUUAUUCUCUUGGUCAUGUCAAAAGUGAUAAGAUUUUUCAGUUUUAUGGACGUCGCCAUCUUUAAUAAUACGUUGGUCACUGUCGUUAUGGUUACUAGUAAGAGAAUACCGGCUUGACUCUCGUUGCACGUUCAUACAGUGUUCGAGACGUUACUGUAAGUUGCUGUGUGAACGUGACAUUUCGAGACUCACACCUGUAUGUAAAUGCGGUUGUCAAUCCCCACAACGUACAGUGUGAACGUGGCUGUAUAUAUAUAUAUAUAUAUAUAUAUAUAUAUAUAUAUAUAUAUAUAUAUAUAUAUAGGACAAUCAAAUUGACUUUGUAUUUUAAUACUUAAAGUGGAACUCGAGUUAAUAACUCGAGUUAUUAGCUUGAAUUAAACACAUCAUUUUCAGCUUUCUUCCACUUUUUGUAAGUAAUUUGACACACUAUGACACUAUAUAUUAGUCUUCCUCAUGGCAUGUCCCACUGUCAAAAACAACAGACUGUUUAUAGAAAAACAAAACGAAAAAGAGAGCCUGGGUUCUACCAUUGUACUUUAUAUGUGAUGCAGCUGAACUUAGUAAAAUAGUCUAAUUUAAUGAAUUGGCAAAUGUAAUGGAUAUGCCUAUAUGCAAAUUUACCUGUCCUGUCAGAGCUGAUUGGUGCCAGAUACUGUAUAUUCCAAUAUGUAAACAGAUGUAAAGACAGUAUCUCUUAUUGAAUUAUUCAAAGUGUUUGAUGGCAAAACAUUUCAAUGUACCUUUUAUUUUUAAGCACAGUAUUAUCCCUUUUUUUUUUUUUUUACCUAUUCAUACUAUUGGGUGCCAGUCAAUGGGCAGACAGAAUCUGAUUAGGUGGGUGUAGUUACUCGGUCAAUAAUAAACCCAGGUGAUGCUCAGACACAGUGUUUCCAAAUAAUUCUGUAUUUGACUUUAUACUAUAAAACAUAAUAUAGAAUGAAAUACCUGACAUUCCAGCUACAUAUGGUUAGAUGUUGAAUGUAUAUCCUUACUAUUUAAAAUUACACUACAAAAAAAUUCUUAAUCAGUAUUUUUGAAAUAGUUUUUUUUUCUUGGCGUUGGCAAAAUGUCUUUUCUUGUUAAAAAUAAGCCAAGAAUUAUUUGGAAAUUGUGUAAGAAAAAUAAACAUAAUUCAGGAAAACAAGUCUUACUUAAAUGUAUCUUGUGUUUACUGUGAUUUUUUUUUUGGAUUUUUUUUUUUUUACUGUAAAACAAGAGAAAAAUACUGAUUAAGAUUGUUUUCGCAGUGUAUGAUAUUAUAAAAAAAAAUUGUCACAUGUUAAACUGGUGUCCAAUUAUUUUUGUAAUGUGUGGUUUGUGAUGUGAAAUGAAAACACACUAUUAGAGAUGUAAUGCCAUUUGAAUAGCAUUACCACUGAGAUGUUUAAUUCUCUAUGCCACUACACUAUUGUACUAUCAAUAAUUAAUCCAUUAUAUAAUGCUUAGAUUAUAAUAUUCUCAGGUACAGUUAAAGGAAGUGACCAUGUAUGUAUACAGUUAAUGUGGUCAUGUUUCAUUUUAUUAUUGUUAUUUAAUAAUAAAGAAAUUCUUAUAUUAA